UACGUUACAAAUUAAGUUAUGUGCGCUUACGAAUACCUCCUAUAUUAUACUUUCAUUCGUGAUAUUUAAUUUAUAAUAUUUUAAUAACCUGAAUACAAAAAUAUUAGAUUGAUACUAUCUACAAUCUGCAAGAUAUCAUUUGGAUGAUGGAAGAUCCUGAAUUGAUUGCAUUAAAUAAAUUAAAAAAUGACCUUGUUGCAAAAGCAAAGAACUUAAUUGAAAAAUUAAAAGAACAGGAAAAUCAGCAAGAAGUUGUUAUGUUAAAUUUGCCAAGGACUACAGAAUCUGGUAAUAACACAAAAGAAAAAUUACAAGGACAAUAUACACAUAUAUUAUGUAAUGUUUCUUGUGGAGUCUCUGGUAUAACAUUUAAAGAUAUAGAUAAGAAAUGGUUACAUGAUAAUGUCUAUAAAUAUACAACUUGUUUAAAAACGAAAGCUUUAAAUUUAUAUGUAGAGUUAACAGUAAAAUUGGAGGAUGAAAAAGAAUUUGAAAUUUGUGAUAUAACAUGUCAUUUUAUAAAUAUCGAUAAAUGUUAUAUGUUGGAGAUUGAAUCUUGGGUACAAAAUAUGACUAGAAUGAAAAACUUUUCACUUCUUACAUCUGCAAUUUCACAAUACAGUGAGGAAAACGUGGUAAGAAAAAGGAUACUUGAUAAGUUGAAUGAUGGGAAGUAUGUAAGUUGUAAACAAUGUAAAGAAGAAAAUGGUGGAAUUUUAGUAUAUAUACAUUUAACUGAAAACGUAAAGCAGGUGUAUUUAAUACUUCAAUGGUCAGUAUUGUUUUCGGAGCAGUAUUGGAAAAUGGAGCAUCAUUUUGUCAUAAAUCCUGAAAAAACUGAUAAUAUAUGUAAUCAGCACUUUCCUCUUACUGCAAAGUUUGCCCAAGAAAAUCAAUCUUUGCUGCAAAAUUUUUGCAAACCAAACCUUACAAAAGAAAAUGUCAUUGACUUAUGGGAUGAUCUAUGUUCUGUUAUUGACAUGUACGAAGAUAGUAAUCAAUCGGAAAUUAAUGAUGAUAUGGAGUAAUAUUUUUUUAAACUUAAGCUAUUAUAAACGUUACUGAAUAAACUAUCGUCAUAUAAUGUAUGAUAAUAAAGAAUCAAUAAAUAUUUAUUUCAAAUAUA